UUCUCUGGCUACAUCCAGAUAUGUGCCCUUGAAUAGCAGGCAAGAAGUCUCUGGAGUUCCUGCUGCUACAGAAGGUUCAAUCUUCCCUCUGCUUUCAGCUGCAACUCUGCAGCUAAGACUGAAACAUUCAGCCUGGUUCAUCAGAACAGACAUUCCUUGGACCAUUCAGGUAGGAAGAAGUUUAUCUAUGGCCUUUCUGAAGGCUCGAUCAGGGAUAAACUUCACUGAAGACAGCUUUGUCCAGAGGCAUUCAGGAAAGACACACAGGGACUUUGGACUCCUUACAGAUCUCUUAAUAGCUUUAUUUUUAGUGAGAAAGAGUCAGUCGGUGGGAUGUGGAAGGCACCAUGGCAGCAAAUUCAAGUGGGUAACUGGGCAGCUGUGCACAUCUCCUUUGAGAGCAGGGAAAGCUGGUGCCAAGAUGUGCAUCGAGGAGUUGGAUUAUUGUGUUGGCUGAAGAGACAGAGAAGUGCAUUAAGUUGUGCAGAUUCUGGCAGACCCUGAACAGCCUUUCUUUGCCACUCUCAAAAACAAGAUGAACUAACAUUUCUGGAAUGGUGUCUGACUCUCAAAAGCAAACAGAGGAAAUCCAGAAGGUGUUUUUACAGGGGAAUUACAGAGGAAUAAAGGUGGAUAUAUUUUUGCCCAGAUUGUUACAUUUCUGAAAUCAAUUAUCCAAACUGCUAACCCAGCUGACCCAUUCUUCCCCAAGACAUUAGUUGGAAGAAAACACAGAAAAAGUUCUUGACAGCCUUUUCUGGGACCUUACCAAACAGCCAGCAAAACAUGGUGUACACAGCUGCAAGUAUUGUUUCCCUGAUGGCUGCAGGAAGUAUGACUUUGACUUUCAGUCUCCAAAGUAAGGGAAGUGCUGUAAAUUAAUUAUUCUUACAUUUUUGUGGGUUUUGGUAAAUUUGUGUUAGUCCUAGAAAACAACUACUUUGCAUCAUCCUUAGAACUAUAAUCCUUCAGUUUGUGUAUACUGGUGGGUCUACACAGAAUUGAACUGUCAUUUUUGGGUGGGGGAAUAGACACAGCAAAGUCAAACACAUGACAUCUUCCUUCAAGGGACAAAGCGACUGAAGACUGAGUAAUGCCACAUUUUGUCAGGCUACAGUUCCCUUAAAAGUGAUUUCUAUUAGUCAGUUAAUACACUGACUAGAUGGUGCUUCCCUUGGUGGGUGGAAGCACUAACCAUUCUCCUUGCUUGGGGGCCCAUCAUGAUACCAUUUUAACUGCUAAGAAAGUUAAGUCCUUCUGCGUUCUCUGAGUUCUCACAAGGCCAGCUAGAGAUACAGUCCUGGCAUAGUGUGCAGCUCAGAGACUGCUCCUGAUGUUGCCUUUGCUUGUGCCAGAGCCCUGUAAAGCUGGGCUGGUUGCAGCAGACGUUUCAUCAGCUGUUGCUGUGGUUGGAUGUGUAGUCAGAAGUGUUCAAGCAAUUGCAACUUCCCGUCCCACUGUAUAUUUUUAAAAACUUUUUUUCAGAACUCAGUUCAACCAUCUGCCUUUUCUUCCAUUUCUUUCCCAUGGCAAAAGGGGUCUGAAAUUGCAUGAAAAGGCAAAAUUGAUUUUAGCCUUUACUGCUUCCAGAGCUGAGUCUGGGCCUCCACACCACUUCUACUCUCAUGGCAUCAGAGACCUGGCAAAUUGCAGCAAGGAAGGAUGACCGACACCCCAGAUCAAGUAUUUUCCUCCAAAUUAAUAAGCCUGCAAUAAUAGCUAUUAAUCCUCCCAAAAGAUCCAGAGUAAAGCCGAAACAAAACGGUCUUCACAUUGUUCAAAUUAUUUUCUGUCUUGUUCCAAAUGAUGAGAGCUCCAGAAGAAAAGAAUUUGCAUCCACUGCAAACACAGAAGACCUGAAGUCAGUUUCCAGAAUGUGACACACAGGCAGUUGCCAGCCUGAUCAAUUCAACUCAGUUCAAUAUAGCACGAAGUACUUCAGGACUGCACGGCAUUCUCAGUGGUAAAUACUCAGCAGUCACAACUAAUUGACAUUUCCAGAACUAGAGCAGUUUAAUCAUUUAGUGUUCUUUUCAGCUUAUGUUCUCAUGCCCACAGCUCUGACAACAAGAGAGUUUGGCACUCUGACUGUAUUCAUUGGAGUUGAAUUCAGCAGAUCAGCUUUCAGGUGAAAACACAUCAGCAAUUGCAAAGUGCACAUUUUAUGCUUCAUCUUAUAUUUUCAUCUGACAACUCAGCCAUCCUCUGUAGUGGAAGCAGUAUUCCUAGUGAGACCCUUGUGGGCUGCAGGUCCACCUUUCUAAUACAAGAGCAUGAAAGAUGUCUAGCUUGGUUGAAGGCAUAUGUACAAGCUUGUCUUACUGGAACAGACAAAUCCUGUUUCCACUCUCUGUGGUGUCUAUUCUUCUGUUUAUGUGGGACCAUUCAACUUUUCUUCUGUAAUUUGCAGGUGUACAAAAGCAGUCAUUGCAAAAAUUCAUUAUUUCAAGGCAAGCAUAGGUGCAAGCAUUGAUGUUAAUAUUUAUAAACAAUAGAAACCAGUAAAAAACAUAAUCUUGUAUCUAUUUGAAUUAGAAAUGCUGUCCUACAUCUUUUAUGUUCUGAGGACAGCAAGUAACACCAUCCCCUUUCAGCCAUGGCUGUAGCUGCCUGUGAUGACACCUCUGCUGCAGGCAGGAGGGAUUUGUGCUGUACCUGUUCUCUCCAAGAACAGAAGGCCUUUGGAGGAUCUAGUAAUUGGGAACGAGCAUUGAGUAAACUGAAUUCUCUUACAAUUGGAAGGGGAAAGGAGGAAGAAAAUGAGAUGAAUCUGGGUAAACAUCACACAAUAGAAUUAAUGACAGGCAGGCACAGGAUGCAGCUGAAGCCCAGCCUCCAGAUCCCUAACUCAUCACAUGCUGCUGGAAAACACCAGGCUAGCAGAGGGGAAAGAGGCUGAAGUUACUAUCCCAUAAACAUUCCAACAGGAGCAUUCAGACCAAAUCAGCUUGUAUAAGAAGAUGUGUUAAGCAGUUUAUUCUCUUGGCAGAAAUUCAAGUAGCCUAUUUCUGAAGAAUGGCAUUGAGUGACCUCCUUUACCCAGAUAAUCCCAAGAGAAAGCAAGAACUGAUCCAUCUGCAUCAGGAAUUGCUUGACUGUAUGUCCACAAAUUUCCAUGCAACAAACGAGCUGGUUGGAGUGCUGAAUGAGCACCUGGGCUGCACCAUUACCCCCAUUGAGAUGCGAGAGAGCAGUACAGUCAAGGAAAACUGUGAGAUUAUCAUUCAAGUGAUGAGUGAGAUUCAGCAUCAGGUGCAGAAGAUUGAUAGUGACAUGAAGGACAAGCUGGAGCCAGUGCUGUACCAGAAGCUAUAUGAUAUCAAAGAACCCGAGCUGGAGAAAAUUGCAAUAGCCCAGAGAGUUUUUUCCAUUAUUUUUGGAGAAGCAACUUCAACAGCUGCAAUGGUAGCUAUCAAACUUCUUGGCUCCAAUCAUUUAACUCUCACUGUGAGCAAGCUGAUCGGUGUCCUUGCGCAGAUUGGGGCAUCUGUUCUUGGGGGAGUUAGCAUUACCAUCAUUGGGCUGGGCCUUGAGAUGAUUCUCCAUGCCAUCCUGGGAGCUGUGGAGAGGAGUCAGCUACUGACAGCUGUGAGAAGCUACGAGAAGCACCUGGCUGAGUUUAAGGCAGCCUCAGAAAAGUACCAGCGUGCCAUACAUGAAGUGACUUCCUUGGUGAGACAGCAAGUUCAGUAAAUGAAGGUGGAGUUCUCUCUUCUGCUGUUGCAGCAGCUGCAGCAGCUUAUGCCUGCAGAAACCUUUUUGAUUCGUGACGACAAAUGAACUACUGAUGGCUUUUUAUUUUCUUAUUAGUGACAGCAGAACAAGAAAAGUGACAGUUCAGGAAAGUGGCACUGAAAUAUGUUAAUAGAGAACUGGUUUACAGUGUUUCAGGGGGGCAAUGUUUAAAAUACUUUGCACCUUUCCUUACGCUUAUUUUCUGGGAAGCACUGUAGGUAACCUUGAGCUGUAAUUCAUACUGGAUAUAAUAAUACAGACUGCUGGACUGGUAGUGGUGAGAAGGUGUGUUUCUGUACCAAAGAUGACAACACAACGGGAGAAAACAAUUUCAACAAGGCAAUUCAUGCCAGCAUCUGGAGGCUUAAUGAAGACAUCUGUGGUUGCUAAGCCCUGACUGUGGUUUAGUGCUAAAUCUGAUAGAGGGAAUUCAAUUACAAGGACUAGCUGAAGCAUAUUUAACUGCUAUUUUCUGCCCUCCUGAGGAGCCAGAAAGAGAUCUUCUUUAAAUAAACUCUAAUCCCAGUAGAUUGGCAGGUAAGAGAAGCCUGAGCCUACAUGCAAACAGACACAACCUUGCUCCAUGACUGAGAGAAACCAGCUGCUGCAUCCUGGGUGUGCCUGGCCAUGAAUAACCUCUUGUGCUUGUGAUGCUGUGCUCCUGCCAACCCACACGUAAAAAUUUCUGUGCAAAGUUGUUCUUUUGUUGAUUGGAGUGGGAUUAUACACAUGUAAAGUGCCUGUAGGAUUGCAGCCCUAUUAAGCUAAAGUUAUUUUCAAGUGCUUUACCUGAUCCCACCAAUGUGGGACUGCCAAGAAUGUGCCCAGAUUCUGCAUUUCACAAUAUUCUACCAACUGUCCUUAUUUUUCAGAUAUUAAAACCAAAGCUGGAAGCAAUAACAUUAUUUGUAGUGUCUUGCUCUGAUUUGCUGUGGAUUGUUUUUUCUUAAUCUGAGAAAAAAAGGUAAUUUAAGAAUUAAUAAAAAUGUACAUGACUAUUGGAA